AUGGGGCGCGCGUUCGUGUACGUGAUCCUGGGCGGCGGCGUGGCCUCGGGCUACGCCGCGCUCGAGUUCGCCCGCCGCGGAGGGUACUCCCGCGGAGAGCUCUGCAUCAUCUCCGAAGAGGCCGUUGCUCCUUAUGAACGUCCUGCACUAAGCAAAGGCUAUUUACUCCCAGAAGGUGCUGCUCGUCUUCCAGGAUUUCAUACUUGCGUUGGUGCUAAUGAUGAAUUGCUGACAACAAAAUGGUACAAAGAACAAGGCAUUGAACUUGUUCUUGGAACAAAAGUGAUUUCUGCUGAUGUGAGGCGCAAGACAUUGCUUACAGGCACUGGUGAAACUAUCAGCUACAAAACUCUAAUUAUAGCGACAGGUGCUCGGGCUUUGAAGCUGCAAGAAUUUGGAAUACAAGGUUCAGAUGCUUCAAACAUAUGUUAUUUGCGCAACAUCGAUGAUGCGGAUAAGUUGGUGAGUGCGAUGAAAUCAUGUCCUGGCGGAAAUGCUGUUGUCAUUGGUGGUGGCUACAUUGGAAUGGAGUAUGCAGCGGCAUUGGUUACUAACAAGAUAAGGGUCACCAUGGUCUUCCCUGAGAAACACUGCAUGGGUCGUCUAUUUACACCACAAAUUGCAGAAUUUUAUGAAAACUACUACACCUCAAAAGGGGUCACCUUUGUUAAAGGAACUGUGCUUACAUUCUUUGAAAAAGAUACAACGGGGAAGGUGACUGCAGUAAUCCUCAAAGAUGGUAGACACCUUCCUGCUGAUAUGGUAGUAGUUGGUAUUGGCAUCCGUGCAAACACUAGUCUUUUUGAAGGUCAGCUGAUGAUGUCAAUGGAGAAUGGUGGGAUAAAGGUAAAUGGACAGUUGCAGACAAGUGACAACUCUGUAUAUGCUGUUGGCGAUGUGGCUGCAUUCCCGAUCAAGCUUUUUGAUGGUGAUAUCCGACGGCUUGAACAUGUGGAUUCAGCUCGUAGAACUGCUAGACAUGCUGUUGCCUCCAUCUUGGAGCCUUCAAAAACCAGGGACAUUGAUUACCUGCCAUUCUUCUACUCCAGAGUGUUCACAUUGUCCUGGCAAUUCUAUGGGGAUAAUGUUGGGGAAGUGGUCCACUUUGGAGACUUCACAAGCAGCAGCCCAAGGUUUGGUGCAUAUUGGGUCAACAAAGGCAGAAUUGCAGGUGCAUUUCUUGAAGGCGGAAGUCGGGAGGAGUACGAGGCCAUAUCGAUUGCUGUUCGGCGGAAAGCUAUGGUCAUAAACAUGGGUGAACUUGAGAAACAAGGCCUGGCACUUGCCAUCCAGGAGAGCCAGAAGGAGGUGCCUGACAGUGGGCUUGCCGUUGUUGGAAAACCUACUUACACAUGGCAUGCCACAGCCGGUGUCGUAGCAGCAGUGUCAAUCGCUGCAAUUGGUUAUUGGUAUGGCAGGAAGCGCCGCAGGUUUUGA